AUGGGGUUCGGAAACCUCCCGCGAGAAAUUUUGAGCCUCGUCAUAAGUCUAUUGAUUGAGAGAGCAAGCCCUUGCUUAGAUCCGCACGACAAUUUACAGCAUGUCUGUAACGCGCGUCUGGUGUGCCGUUUAUGGAACACGUUGGCGAGACCAUUUGUGUUCGAAAAUGUGCGGCUGGCCUAUACAGACGGGGAAUACCAGGCUUGGAAUGACAUGCUGGACAGUGAGGCCGUUAGACAGGCCGUCCGAUGUGCUUACAUCCGCUCUGCCCCGGACGAUGAUCACCCGCUCGGCAUCUGGAACGCCUAUACAGACUGCGGUUACAACGGCCUCCUUAGCGCAAUCGGCCGCAUCUCCGAAUUAGACCGCAUGAAGUCCCUCCAUCUACGAUUUUCCAGGCACUGCGCCGGCGUUGAAACAGAUGAUCCCCGUGAUGAAGUUGUCGAAGAUAUCCGGAGGCGCCAAGAGAUCCUGGAAUCCGUCUUCAAGACGAUCCAGAGGCGUUCAAGUAACAAGUGCAGCGCGAGUACCAUGCGUUCUCUGACCAUUGAGAACCUGCAAAAUGCCCCGCUGCCAGAAUUUACCUCAUCGGAGCUCUUCAGGAGUGUGACGAAGGACCUCGACGCUCUGCAUCUCAUGGUGGCUAAUGAGUACGAUGAAGCCGGACCCGACUGGGACACGUAUCGAAUUGAACGCCAGGUGUUUGAACCAUACCUCCACCACCAGUGGUUGGUUCCUCUCUCCGAUCACCUGGUCUGCCUGACACUCUCCUUCCAGAUGGGUUGGGGAACUAUACCAGGUUAUUUUGACGGGAGAGGCCUCCACUUCCCAAGGCUCAAGACGCUGAACCUGGGCAACUUUGUCAUCGGGCACCAUAAUCAGUUUGACUGGGUCUUGACCCAGUCCUCGCUGAUGUCCCUUCGUCUAGACCGAUGUUCUAUUGUGUCACACAUAACUACACACGAAGACAAUAUUGAGAAAUGGCACGUCCGGACCAACGACUGGUACGAGUAUCCUCUGGGCUCCUUUGGCAUUGACGGCCCCUAUGUAAUCUACGGCUUCUCGGGGACAUGGGAGGUCAUAUUCGACAGCAUUCGCACUGGCCUUCCUCAGCUUACCGAUUUCUGCUAUCAUUACGACGAUGACCCUGUCUUUCCGGUGCCACCAGGGGCGCUAUCUGUCAGCCUAAGCAACAAGAGAUAUACAACAUUCGAUGACUUCUGGCAUGAUGCGGAUGAAGGAUCGGGAGGGCAGGACUUUGGCGACAGUGAGUGGGGUUAUCCUGAUAAACGGUAUGUGAAUCGAUCGGAAGAGACGAAAAUGGGAGACAGCCGAGCCCUGAACGCGCUGUUGCAGGAGAUAAGACAACGGCAGCAGGCUCUUCGGUUGGGCUAG